UCAUGUAAACGAAGACUGAAACUAGAAGCUUCAUUUGAUUCAUCAGCCAAUUCUAUAAAUUGAUUCGCUAACUAAAAUUAAACGACAACUUCUUGCAAACACUUUACUCAGAGAGAAGCGAGUUUGAAAAAAUGGUGAAGAAGAGUUACCCGGAAGUGAAAGAAGAGUACAAGAAAGCUGUUGAGAGAUGCAAGAGGAAGCUCCGUGGUCUUAUCGCUGAGAAACAUUGUGCUCCCAUCGUCCUUCGUCUUGCAUGGCACUCGGCUGGGACAUUUGAUGUGAAGACGAAGACGGGAGGACCAUUCGGGACGAUUAGGCAUCCUCAAGAGCUAGCCCAUGAAGCUAACAAUGGUCUUGAUAUUGCCGUCAGGCUUCUUGAGCCUAUCAAGGGUUUGUUCCCUAUUCUGUCAUAUGCUGAUUUCUACCAGCUAGCUGGAGUUGUUGCUGUUGAGAUCACUGGAGGACCCGAGAUUCCUUUCCAUCCUGGUAGACUGGACAAAGUUGAGCCACCUCCCGAGGGUCGUCUGCCUCAGGCCACUGAAGGUGUGGAUCAUCUAAGAAAUGUCUUCGGUCGGAUGGGACUCAAUGACAAAGAUAUCGUGGCAUUGUCCGGUGGACACACCUUGGGUCGGUGCCACAAGGAGCGCUCAGGAUUUGAAGGAGCAUGGACACAAAACCCUCUCAUUUUUGACAACUCCUAUUUCAAAGAGAUACUAAGCGGAGAGAAAGAAGGACUUCUUCAACUACCAACAGACAAGGCUCUUCUCGAGGAUCCUCAUUUUCGUCCAUUUGUUGAGAGAUAUGCUGCAGAUGAGGAUGCCUUCUUCGAAGACUACGCGGAAGCUCAUCUGAAGUUGUCAGAACUUGGGUUUGCUGACAAGGAGUAAUCUGGAAUCUGGCGUCAUGUCCUAUAUAUAUCCUUUGAUUAGUGUUCCCUCACAUUAUCAUUGUAAUCAUAUAAAAAAAAAAAAAAGUAAAAUCGAAUGAAAAGCUCUUUGUAUUGUACGUGUGCCUCGGGGGUUGUUUGUAACUAAUGAAAUAAGACAACUCAGUUGAUGAAAACAACAAGUUUCUCUUACACAACACAACAGUUUAUCUUCUUUUAUGUUUGGAUACUAGUAAGUAGUAAUCUCGUAAUUUAAAACUAUAUCGAAAGUUUUGUUAAUGUAGUUGAGAUAAUAAAAUAAUCUUGAAUCAAAUUAUGGAGAUACUAAUA